GAACGUGAGCGUCGUCUUCAAAUUCUUCGAGAAAAUGCUCGCGCAAAGCAACAAGGAUUAUUAACGGAAAUACCUAAAGAGCAAGCUACUGGUCAAUUGGUAACGACAAGUCAAAAGCUAGCAAUACAAAGUUCGGCAGACUUCGUUGGUGGUCAUAUAAAUUUCUGGAGUGACAUAGAAAAGGAAUAUGCUCGUACUGUCACAACCAACCCAGAAUAUGAGGCUGAAAAAAAGGCAAAAGAGCAAAAAUUGGAGAGGCAGUAUACGAUGUAUCUCGAUGAAGUUUUAAAAGAUCCAAAACCAUGGUACCUUAAGAAAAACUAUGGUAAUAGUGGCAAUGGUGGCAAUGACAAAGGGGAAAAAUAUUCUAUAGAUGGAAAGAUUAAAAGAAACAAAGAAAUAAUUACAUCUGCAGAUGAUCCAUUGCCGCAUGAUCAUCAACGACAAAAGGAAAUGAAGGAAAUUCAAUCUGAUUCACUUCACUUAUCAACAAUUGACAAAUUACGUGAGGAACGACUUAAGAGGGAACGUGACGAAAAGUUACGUACUCUUAAACUUCUCAAUCCCCACAUAAUAAAUGAUCAAGAAACAAAAGGUCGUUAUUUUUCCCAAUUCAAUCCAGAAGCUACUAGUGCGGCACAUAAA